CGACCUGAAUUUGGCCCAGGUCAGCCAGAGAGAAACCCCCCUCGAUUCACAACUCGAUCACGAAGCAUAAACUGUAAAGAUGGGCGCACCACGGAAACCCACGCUUCCCUUGCCCGGCAAGGAGAAUAUUCUCAUUACCAGUGCUCUUCCCUACGUCAACAACGUGCCACAUCUCGGAAACAUCAUCGGCAGUGUCUUGUCCGCUGACGUAUUUGCGCGGUUCUGCCGCGCAAGGGGUCUCUCAACGGUUUAUGUCUGCGGUUCUGACCAGUACGGCACCGCGACAGAGACGAAGGCCCUGUCCGAGGGGGUGGAUCCGGCGACACUUUGCGCCAAGUAUCACGCGAUCCACAAGGACAUCUACGACUGGUUCAGGAUCGAUUUCGACGUCUUCGGCCGCACGCCCACGCCCGAGCACACCGAGAUCGUCCAGGACAUAUUCACCCGUCUGUGGAAUAACGGCUUCAUCGAGCAGCGCGAGACCACCCAAGCCUACUGCCCCACGCACGACUCCUUCCUGGCCGACCGCUAUGUUGAGGGCGAAUGCAGUCUCUGCCACGACAAGGGUGCUCGCGGUGACCAGUGUGACGCAUGUGGCAACCUCCUCGAUCCUCUGGAGCCGGACUUGGACGCCUCUGGAAAUCAAGAGACCAAGGCGACUGGUUGGCUGAUCAAUCCCCGUUGCAAGCUCGACGGCACCACUCCCGAACGGCGCCAGACCAAGCAUCUCUACCUCCGCCUGGAUGCCCUGCAGGAUGAGAUCAAGGAGUGGCUUGCCGAGGCCGAGAAGGGCUGGAGUGCGAACUGCGUGUCCAUCACCCACUCCUGGCUCGACCAGGGCCUGAAGCCGCGCGGCAUCACAAGAGACCUCAAGUGGGGUGUCCCGAUUCCCACCGGCCUCGACGGUCUGUCGGACAAGGACUACGCCAAGAAGGUCUUUUACGUCUGGUUCGAUGCCUGCAUUGGGUAUCCCUCGAUUACCAAAACCUACACGGAUGCCGGUAACUCGGAGGGUACGAACUGGGAAAAGUGGUGGAAGAACCCUGACGAAGUCUCACUCUACCAAUUCAUGGGGAAGGACAAUGUUCCUUUCCACACCAUCAUCUUCCCGGCCUCCCAGCUCGGCACUAGGCAAAACUGGACAAAGGUCAAGCACCUGUCCACAACUGAGUAUCUCAACUACGAGGGUGGCAAAUUCAGCAAGUCUAAGGGCAUCGGUGUGUUUGGCAACAAUGCCCGCGACACCGGCAUCGAUCCCGAUGUCUGGAGGUACUACCUCUUGUCGAGGCGGCCAGAAACCAGCGACUCGGAAUUCAAAUGGGAAGAAUUUGUCGAUGCCAACAACAACGACCUGCUCAAGAAUCUGGGAAAUCUGUGCCAGCGCAUCGUCAAGUUCUGCCAAGCCAAGUUGGACGGCGUGGUACCCGAGUAUGAUGCCUCCAAGUUUCCGGCCCUCCAGCAACAUAAGAAAGAGGUGAACAAGCACUUGCAGGAGUACAUCGCGGACCUCAAGGCUUUGAAGUUGAGGGCAGGGUUAACCGCCGUCAUGAGCAUUUCUGCGCUGGGUAAUAAGCUAUUACAGGACAACAAGCUCAGCAACCAGCUCAUUGCUGAGGAACCGGAUCGCUGCCGCGCUGUCAUCGGCCUUGCUCUGAAUCACAUCCACCUUUUGGCCAACAUCCUAUCGCCUUAUAUGCCGGCUAAAGCCCAGUCCAUUCUCAAGCAGCUCGGAGUCAAGGGGGCUAGUGAAGAGGAUCAGAAGGCUCCCGCGCACAUUCCAGAUCACUGGGAGGCGGACGCCCUUAAGCCGGGCCACACGAUUGGAACGCCUGAGCUCCUCUUCUCGACCAUCCCCGCCGCGAAGAUUGAGGAGUGGCGCGAUGCGUACGGCGGCGAGGAGCUUCGCAAGCAGAAGGAGCUGGAGGCGGAGAAAGCGGCUGCGAAAAAGGCGGCGCGAGAAAAGGAGAAGGAGAAGAAGAAGCUCAAGAAGGCGGUUGCAGCUCAGGCGUCACAAGCGGCGGAGGGGUCGACUACUACCACCUUGCCUAUCCACCCUGCGGUGACUGCUCCAGUUGCCGAUGGCACGGCGAAAGGGUCCGAAUCGGUCGACCGCGCUGCUAAGGCUAGAGAAUAGCAAGCAAUGACGCAAUGCAUAGAGGGUUGAGUUGAUGUUUUUAGAUUAGACUCGCAUCAUUUGCUAGCGUGCUGUUUUGGAAUCUCAGCCCGUUCUCCCAC